CAUACGGCGGAGGAAAAAAAACAAAGGCGACGGAGAGACCAAGAAAAGAAAAAAAACAGAGGAGGAGAAAGAAUCGAAGAAGCACAUUGUCUUCGAUUUCUCCGCCUCUUUUAACUUCUUCACCAAUCUCUCCGCCUUGUCUCUGUUUUCUGGGUUCGUUUCCCGAUUUCGAAUCUGUCGUAAUGUCGGCGUUCUCUUGCUCCACGGCGAGCUCUAGCCGCGGAUGUGGUGGGUUUAGGUUUCAAUCAAAGACAUUUCCUAAUCCUCCUAGGUUUAUCAGAAUUGGGUCAAAUUCUCAGAGUGAUAGUUUCAGUAUGCAUCGUUUGGAAUUGGUAAAUGGAACUCGUAAAGGUAGAGGAACAUGUGUACGUAUGGCAUUAGUUGAUGAGAGACAAUCAACAAGCAAAGAUGUUGCUGAGCCUCCUCGGAUCUUGGCGUAUGAUCUUGUUCAAGGGGCACUUGUGAAAUGGCGAUGGAAAGAUGAUAAGUCUGUCCCAGAUACACCUACUGCUGUUCUCGUACAUGGAAUUCUAGGGAGCGGGAAAAAUUGGGGCACUUUUGCCCGAAGAUUGGCUCAUGAGUUCCCAACUUGGCAGUUUCUCUUGGUAGAUCUUCGUUGCCAUGGGGAUUCAGCAUCUCUUAAGAAGAGAGGUCCACACUCUGUUGCUACAACUGCUUCUGAUGUCUUAAAACUUGUUGGUCAGUUGAGGUUAACACCUCGGGUCCUUGUUGGUCAUAGCUUUGGAGGGAAAGUUGUUUUAAGCAUGGUGGAGCAAGCAGCGAAACCUCUUCCACGACCAGUCCGAGCUUGGGUACUGGAUGCUACUCCUGGAAAAGUUCGUGCAGGAGGAGAUGGAGAAGAUCAUCCACGAGAGCUUAUAUCGUUUCUACGUAAAUUGCCAAAAGUGGUAUCGUCAAAGCGUGAGGUUUUAAACUCUCUUAUCAAAGAAGGGUUUUCCAAUGAUGUUGCACAGUGGGUUGUUACCAAUCUUAGAGCUACUGGACCAUCGUGCUCCAGCUUCUCGUGGACAUUUGACCUGGAUGGGAUCUCCCAACUUUAUCAGUCCUACGAAGACACAAAUCUAUGGAACUUUGUUGAAAAUCUUCCAAGAGGAGUACAUGUGAAUUUUCUGAAAGCAGAAAGAAGCUUGCACCGUUGGGCCCUCAAAGACCUUCAACGAAUCCACGCUGCUGAAGAGCUCGCCUCUGAAGAAGGAGGCGGCGUAGAAAUGCAUGUCCUGGAAGAUGCCGGUCAUUGGGUUCACACGGAUAACCCAGAUGGUCUCUUCAGGAUCUUGUCAUCUUCUUUCCAAGUUCUCAGAACUUAAGAGGUGCGGAACGGUCUUGGUUCUGCUUUUUUUUUAUCUGUAUAAUAUUGUGAAGUUACGUCUAAAUCACAUUUGACAGAUACAAUACCAUAUACAUCAACAUUGUGUCCCUGUAAUAUUUUGGUUGACAUAAGAAGUAAUAUCAUAUAGCUGUAUCAUCUGGCA